GAGCUUUUAAAAAGGCUAUUGUUUUAGUAUAUUGUAGAUUGAUAAACGAAUUUAUAUUUCCAAAUUUGCCAUGCUUCUAAGUCGGUUUACUUCUGUUUUUCCACGUAAUGUCAUUGUCAGGGGUGUUUCCACGCUGACUAGCCAUGUGGACAGAAACUAUCUAGUUCGGUCUUCAUUCGACAAAUGUCAGCGGUUCCCAUUCAGUGAUUCAAAACAAGAAGCGGAAGAUGUAAAGAAAAAGUGUGAAGAGGCUGCUGCAAAGAAGAAGUGUGCAGAGGCAGCCAAAAAAGAAAAGGAAGCGGCGGAGAAAAAAAAAUGUGCUGAAGCCGCUAAAAAGGAGAAGGAAGCGGCGGAGAAAAAAAAAUGUGCUGAAGCUGCUAAGAAAGAGCAGGAAGCUGCUCAAAAGAAAAAGUGUGCUGAAUUAGCUAAAAAGGAGAAGGAAGCUGCUGAAAAGAAAAAGUGUGCAGAAGCUGCUAAAAAGGAAAAGGAAGCAGCUGAAAGGAAAAAGUGUGAAGAGGCUGCGUUUAAGCAGAAGUGCGAAGAAGCUGCCAAAAAAGAAAAAGAAGCCAAGAAAGCAGCUGAACUUCAGCAGAAGUGCGCAGCUCUUGCUAAAAAAGAAAAAGAAGCAGAAAUGAUGAAAAAAUGCGAAGAAGCUGCCAAAAAAAAGGCUGCAGAAGAAGCUGCAAAGAAAAAGGCUGAAGAGGUUGCUGCAAAGAAAAAGGCUGACGAGGCUGCUGCAAAGAAAAAGUGUGCAGAGGCAAAGAAAAAGGCUGAGGAGGCUGCUCUUAAGAAAAUGUGUGAAGAGGCUGCUCUUAAGAAAAUGUGUGAAGAGGCUGCUCUGCAGAAAAAGUGUGCAGAAGCUGCUAAAAACGCUAAAAAGACCGAUUCAGAAACAUGAAAAGGUGGCUUAAUAUGUGAAACUCUUUUAAAAUAUAUGGUGCAAAAGUAACGCUGUGAUAAACAAUGAAGAGAAGGGUUCACUUUAUACAAAAAGUGAUCUUAAAAAUAAUGGACGUUUGAAGCGUUAACUUUGGGCCCAUAUAGUUAAAUGGAUUACAGAACACAAUGAAAAAAGAAUGCUGUAAUAAAGUAUACGAUGUGUA